AGGGUUAAAAUUGCGUUGUUCAAAGCAAGGACAGCGCCAGGGUUAGUUAACCCAGGGUUAAGAGACUUAGCCCUGGGUUAAAAAAGCGCGCGAAUUUUUUUUCAAAAUGGCUGACGUUUUACAGGACAAACAAAGAAAAAAAAGAAAGUUAAACUUUACACUUUCUGAAGUAAAUAUAUUGUUGAACAAAGUAGAGGAUAACCUAGAAGUUAUACAGUCCAAAUUGACCAAUGCAAUUACUAAUAAACGCAAAAAUACGGUUUGGGACGCGAUCACACGCGAGAUAAAUGCGGCGGGAGUGGCAAAUAGGACGGUAAACGAGGUAAAAGAGAAGUGGAAAAAGCUGACGAGCGGCGCUAAAAAAUCUUUUGCCCUCAUAAAGAAACAACAACAGGGUACAGGUGGUGGCCCCCCGCCAAAAGAAGCAUCUCCGGUAGAAGAGAGAGUAAUUAAAUUGUUUGAAAACACGCCUCUGUUCACGGGACUAGAUGGGUUUGAGACAGAUAAGUAUUUUGAGCUGUACAAGAGUAAAAUGACAUUCAGUAUUUUACAUCUCCUUGCAGUCGUUUACAUUUAUAUAUAUUUUUUGUUUUUAGCUGCAGAUAAUGCAUAUGAAACGGUGACCGCUCUGAGCAAUUCCGCUUUCGCAUCGCCAUCGUCACACUCUAGCAUCAAUGACAUCGAACUGAUCGAAGAUCCUUCCCCGAUACCUCCUUCGGUAUUGUUGGCUGAAGAUGAAAAGGAUGAAGAGCCGACAAAUAUGAACAUCCCUCCUUCGUUGCCGGUACCAUCUCGUAUGUUGGCAGCCCUACCUGGUCCGAAAAAGAGUGAUAACCGAAAGAGGACAACAAACCAAGAUGUAUUGCAGUUGCAAGUAGAGGUACUUACUCUGCAAAAAGAGGUAUUGGCUUUGAAAAAGCAAAAACUUCAAAUCCAAAUCCAGAACAUGAAAGGUUAAUUUUUGCACAAUAAUCCCUCAGGCUCAGUCACAGUUCCCCCUGUUUCUUUUCUUUUCUACUUCAGAUAUUUGUUUAAAUAUUAGUUUUAAUGCAUCAGCUACCAGCCUGCCACAUUCACAUAUAAUAUGUCAAUGGUUUUCACUUUGCCCAGCAGUAACUGGCCAUAUAUUAUAAAUUAUCAACUUUAUUAAACAAUGAAAAAUAUAGGAAUCAUAAAAAUCAGUUCCCAAUAUGUAGUUCUUUAUUCAAAAUAUUUAUUGUCAAUUAUUUAUUUUGUUUUAAUGUUUGAACUUAUUAUAAUCUGAUCUUCAGUGCAUGUAUUAUAACCACACAACAUUUUGGAUACUAUACAGGGUGAGUAAAAAAAAUAUGACACUUUUGAAAUUCAAAUUAGCUGCAAACUUAU